GAGAGUAAGAUAUGGAAUUGUCGGAAGAAUGCAUCACUGACAUACUGUGCCGCACUACUCCAUUGGAUGUCGCCAGGAUCUCCAUCGUUUCUAAGAUCUUAUGCUCUGUCGCUGAUUCUAACACUAUUUGGGAUCAUUUUCUCCCUUUCGAUUAUCAUUCCAUCAUUUCUCAGUCUCUUUCCUUGGACAACGCUCCUUCAAAGAAAGCCAUUUAUCUCGCUCUCUCAGAUCACCCUAUAAUCAUCGACCGGGGGAAAAAGAGCUUUCAAUUGGACAGGAAGAGUGGGAAGAAAUGUUACAUGCUUUCUGCUAGAGCUCUCUACAUUUUUAACAGUGACGAUGAACGUUACUGCCGCUGGGUUACCAUUCCAGAGUCUAGGUUCGAAGAAGUUGCCAUGCUUAAAGAUGAUUUAUGGUUUUCUAUAUUUGAGAAGAUAAAUACUCUUGAUUUGUCCCCAAACACUCAGUAUGCAGCUUUUCUUGUUUUUAAGUGGAUCACCACUCAUGGCUUUUACAACGAUCUAGUGUUGUUAUCGAUGAGCAUUUCGGGAGGCCAUGUCUAUACUAAGCGUGCUUGUUUGGACAUGAGGUUAAAAGUGUUGUCUAUGUACGAUAUACGAGAAUAUCCAAAUGUGAGAAGUGAUGGUUUGUUGGAGAUUGAGAUGGAGGAUUUUUUCAUUUCAGGCCUACACGAUGGUGAAGUGGAGAUGAGUGUUAGGAUUCCAAAGAGUUUUUCAUGGAGGGGCGAUUUCUAUCUGGAAGGAAUAGAAGUUAGGCCAAACCAUAAGAAAUAUUAG